UAAGGUUGUGUUUUAUCUCUGUCGUACGAGCGUAAACGUUUAGAGAGCGAAUGAGAGGGCGUUCAGACUUUCAGCCAUCAAUUCAUAACCAUCUUUCUUUCUUGUGCAACUAUUUCUCGUCGGUCGAGGACUCGAGGUCUAGGAUCUAGCGCGAUCGCAGAAUGGACGCCAUUCGUGCGAGAUAAUUCGAGUCGAGGUAUAAUUCGCGUCAAUAGUGGGUGCGACGAGUGGCGGGCCGCGGGCGUGGAGUAGCCAAUACUUAUGCUAUAUGAGUGAGUGGUGCGUUUUGUCCUCGGUGUGGUGUGGAGUGUCCUGUGCUCGGAGUGGCAGUGAAGAGUGGAGAACGGCGGCGGGAGGCAUGGCGGGCGCGAGCUGAUCGGACGGGCGCAGUGUUCGCUCGCGCUCCGCCGGCCCCAUGCGAGCUGCGGACGUUUUAUGGGUGCAUGCCUGAGCUGCCGGCGCCGUGAGCGAAAGGCACCCGAGAAGCGUUGGGUGCCGGGCGCGGUCCAGCCUGCUAAGGGCGCGGCGGCUGAGCGUCGCCCCCGGCGCGCCUUGUUACGAGCCAUGGCCAACUCCAUUUCGAAUAUCAAGAUGACGAACCCUCUGAAAAACAUGGUCAGCAAGCGCCGAAAACGAUAUAUGAAAGAUGGCUUCAAUUUGGACUUAGCUUAUAUAACAGACAGGCUGAUAGCCAUGGGUUUCCCAGCGGAAAAGUUGGAGGGCGUGUACCGGAAUCACAUUGAUGAGGUGUACAGGUUUCUGGAGCAGAUGCACAAGGAUCACUACAAGAUAUAUAACCUUUGCAGCGAGAGGAAGUACGACUCUACGAAGUUUCAUGAUAGGGUGGAAAUAUAUGCUUUUGAAGACCACACGCCGCCGAAUAUCGAGCUGAUACAGCCGUUCUGCGAGUCUGUUCAUUCGUGGCUCAGUGCCGACUCGAGAAAUGUGGCGGCAGUGCAUUGUAAAGCUGGAAAGGGCAGAACAGGAACAAUGGUAUGCUGUUACUUAUUGUACAGCGGGCAAAAGGCGACUGCAGAUGAAGCUUUGAAGUUCUACGGCACUAAGAGGACUCAUGACGAGAAAGGUGUGACGAUACCCUCUCAAAGGCGGUACGUGGAGUACUUCGCCUCGCUGGUCCGCUCGUCCCUCCACUAUACGGCCAGUAAGGUGCACAUACGAGAAGUGGUGAUGUCACCGCCUCCAACACUCUCCGCUGCCCACUGUACCUUGGAGAUCACUGUUGCGCAGGCGAAGUUGUCGCUUAAGACGUGCCUGGGCAGUCACGAGACGCGCCGCGGCGAGCGCUACGUGCGCGUGUGUCCACUCGCGUGCACGCCUCUGAGCGGCGACGUGCGCCUGGACGUGUACGCCAAGCAGAAGAUGAUGCGCAAGGAGAGGCUCUUCCAUCUCUGGUUCAACACCUUCUUCGUCACCGCCUGCGUGGGCUCGCAGCCCGUGCCCUCGCCGCAAGAUAGUCCGAACCUGGAGACAUUUAAGCUGACCCUUAAUAAAUGGGAGUUGGAUGACGCGCACAAGGACAAGCAACACAAACUGUAUAGUGAGGAUUUUAAGGUGGAGAUAAUAAUCCAGAAGCAACCAGAAACGUCAAAGUUCAGCGGUCACUGCGACAGAGCGCCUUCGCCCCAGUCCUCGACGGCUUCCUCGUGUUCGGAGCCCGACACAGAACCAGAUGCCCACUGGGACUCCGGUGAGCAGGACUUGCACUUGCACACACCUCUACACUUACACACACCUAUACACUUACACUCGAGCGUACACAUGAAGGAUACACUUAAACCGUGCAACCAUAACUUCGAUAAAGGGGAUAAAGUUACGUGUGAAAAGGAUAGCGGGAAUAAAACUGGAGACAAUUUACACUUGGGUUGGGCUAAAAAGUGUACAGACUACGAGUGUAAAUUAAACGAUAGUAAAGAGACUUACAAGUUUCUAGAACAUUCGCUGUGUCAGUGCGGCCAUUGUGACUGUAAAUCUGACAGCCAAGACACGAAUUCCGUUAUGUCUUCCAAGAACACGUGCGAUUGCAAGGAUUGGUCCAAUUACUGUCAAUGCAAAGACACCCCGUCCGAUAUAAGUUGCGAAUCGCGAUUCGAUUUUCCGAUUAAGCCCGAUUCGAAUACGAAAGAAUGUACGGGCAAGUGUCGCGAGAAGGAGCGUUACGAUAUCGAAUGCGAUUGUAAAACAUAUAAAUCGGAUAUAAGUAACGUUAGUACGAAAUCGUGCGAUUCCUGUCUCAACGGCUCUUGUAAUUGCAUCGGAUAUAAGGCGGAGAGAAAUCGACCGAACUUCGCCCCGAUCGAAUAUUCGUAUGGAGAGUACGAGUCGAAUUUCGAAUCGAAAAAGACAGAGAGUACAGAGAGUGAUAAGGAGGGGAGUAUACCUAAAGUUGGGUCGGAUCAGUCUAUGGACGAGAAGCGAUCCAAACCGCGCUUGUCUCUGGGCGACAUGAGAGCUUCAUGGCGGGAAUUUAGCGGGAAAUUCGGUGAGAGCCGAAAAAAGAAAAAUAAACAUGAUUGUUGAUGAUUUGUAGGUUUUAUUAUGCAUUCAACAACCGUUAUUUGAAAUGUCAAUAUUGUCAGUAUAUAAUAUGUAACCGUGCGCAUUUAACAUUUGCUCGAACGGUGAAGGAAAACAUCGUGAGGAAACCGGCUUGCCUUAGACCCAAAUAG